ACAGACAGAGAGAGAGAGCCUCUGGUUGCUCUGCUGGAGGAGGGAGUGCCUGAGGGGCUGGCGCCGAAGGGACAGGAUGGCUCAGAAACCUCUGCCAACAGGACCUGCACAGGGAGAGGCUCUAGGCAGGGUCUGAGGCCAGGGUAAUGGAGGGGGCUGCAGCGUCCCCUCAAAGGCCCUGAACGCCCCCCUUCCCGGCCCCACCUCUAAGGGACACCCCAGAAGUUAGCAUCAGUGACACUUGGACGCUACGAUCGCAACAAGUGUCCUGGCUAUGGCUGGCGAUUCUCGGAAUGCUAUGAGCCAGAAUAUGGAGAUCGGAGUCACUCCCAGGGACCCCAGGAAGAUCCCCAAACAGGCACGCGAUGACCUCCCCAUCGCCACAGACCACACCCGCCUGCUGGCGGAAGGCAAGAAGCCCCGCCAGCGCUACAUGGAGAAGAGCGGCAAGUGCAACGUGCACCACGGCAACGUGCAGGAGACCUACCGGUACCUGACCGACCUCUUCACCACGCUGGUGGACCUCAAGUGGCGCUUCAACCUGCUGGUCUUCACCAUGGUCUACACCGUCACGUGGCUGACCUUUGGUUUCCUCUGGUGGCUCAUCGCUUACAUCCGAGGCGACCUGGACCAUGUUGGUGACAAAGAAUGGAUUCCUUGUGUGGAAAACCUCAGUGGCUUCGUGUCUGCCUUCCUGUUCUCCAUUGAGACUGAGACCACCAUCGGGUACGGCUUCCGCGUGAUCACGGAGAAGUGUCCGGAGGGGAUCGUCCUCCUCAUGGUCCAGGCCAUCCUGGGCUCCAUCGUCAACGCCUUCAUGGUGGGGUGCAUGUUUGUCAAGAUCAGUCAGCCGAAGAAGAGGGCGGAGACCCUCAUGUUCUCCAACCACGCGGUCAUCUCCAUGCGGGACGAGAAGCUCUGCCUGAUGUUCCGCGUGGGGGACCUUAGGAACUCCCAUAUCGUGGAGGCCUCCAUCCGCGCCAAGCUCAUCAAGUCCCGGCAGACCAAGGAAGGGGAAUUCAUCCCCUUGAACCAGAUUGACAUUAACGUGGGCUUUGACACAGGGGAUGACCGUCUUUUCCUGGUGUCACCCCUCAUCAUCUCCCAUGAGAUCAAUGAGAAGAGCCCUUUCUGGGAGAUGUCUCGGGCCCAGCUACAUCAAGAGGAGUUUGAAAUCGUGGUCAUUCUAGAAGGCAUGGUGGAGGCCACAGGCAUGACUUGCCAAGCGCGAAGCUCCUACAUGGACACAGAGGUGCUCUGGGGCCACCGAUUCACACCAGUCCUCACCUUGGAAAAGGGCUUCUAUGAGGUGGACUACAACACCUUCCAUGAUACCUAUGAGACCAACACUCCCAGCUGCUGUGCCAAGGAGCUGGCAGAAAUGAAGCAGGAAGGCCAGCUCUUCCAGUACCCCCCCAGCAGCCCCCUGCUGGAAAGCAUCGCUAAAGCAGAGUUGGAGGAAGAGGCUGAACAGGAUGGAGAGGAUGGACCCGAAGGGCUGAAUGGGUCCCGGGAGACCAGGGGCUUGGUGUAAGGGCUGUGCUCUCCCCACAUCCUCCCUUCUCUGGCUUCUGUGAGCUCCGACGCUGCAGAGACAGGGGUCAGGGAGGGUGGACCAGCUGAGUGUGGUAUUUGGGGGCCCAGAAGCCAUCAGGGCUCUGUGGGAGGAAUAGUCUAUCCAGCCCCCAGACCUCCCAGCUCAGGGCUUCUGCAGACAGGUGGCCUGUUGCCUGGGCCCCCACGGCAAUCCUGCCUCCUCUCUCCCAGCCCCUGUCAGCGCUGGCUAAGGGCCAGGCCAGGAUGGGUCCCCCUGCAAUGCAGGGGACAGAGUGGCCUCUGUCCUUACACACCAAUCCUUAUCAACUGGCCCCAAAUCAUCUCCCCUCUCGGGUCUCAUGGGCCAGCUGGCGGGGGCUGACACCUAGAGAGGACAGUCACCCCCUCCCCCUCCUUCCUACCAGCCUAAGGCUCAUCAUGGAUUCAAGAAGAGACUCUGCCCUCCUGGAGACUCAAACACUCAUCCUAGGCCGAGGUCGUGGGCCUCCUGGGUUAGGCUGGAGCCAAGCCAUGCAGGCACUUCUUUCACACCGAGACCAAGGGUGUCACUCUGGGGGCUGCAGAGGACAAGGCCCUGGGCGAUCUCUCCCAUUACCUGUGAAGGGUGUGUGCUCAUCCUCUGCUGGGCUCUACCUGUCAAACGUAGCCUCCCAAGCACCCGACCUUCUUAGUGUGGCUACUCAGGUGGCCCAGGCCACAGGGCACCUCCGAGCCCGUGCAGGGUGCAGGCCGUCCCUCGUCACGCUGUGCCCUGCACCUCCCACUGAAGGGAGAACCCCGAAGCUGGUUCUUUUUUGUACUUUCAGCCCAGGAAUCUCCAAGUGCUUCUAACCUUCACUGUGACUUUCUUUCAAAAUGAGCCAGUGGCUGAUCCAGAGAGAGAGAGAGCUGCGUUUCAGAGGACAAGAUGCGCCAGGCAGUGUAGAGAGAGGGAGAGAAAGCAGAGAGAAAGGCAAGCGACUAGAAUUUUAAAAUAAGCAUCAGCACCAGUUGUCGCUGAGGUAUCUGAGGUCAGGACUCGCCACAUCUUUGUUAACCAGCGAAUUAGGGGGUGGGGGCGGAAAGGAGAGGCGACCACAGAGGCAGCAUCCCCUUCAAGCCCAGGCUAGACCAACUCUCAGCUGGUCCCAGUAGCCCCUGGGCCAGCCCUCCCACACCCAGGGGUCAGGGAAGGGGGCGGGGCUGGGAGAGCAGGGAUGAUGCCCAGGGAGGGGGUGGGAAGAGCCGCCUGUCCCAUCCUGCAAACAUAGGGGAGGAGAAUCAUGGGAGAAUAAGGAGGGGGUGAACAUGAAGAGAGGAAAGAGCAGAGGGGAGCCUUAAAACGGACAGCUUCAGAGGGCGUUGCUUUUCCAGUACAGACGGCACCGAAGGGAGAUGGACGGAUGGACAGACCAACAGUGCAGAUUGUCCUGUGGAUGGGUGGAGCUUGUCUGAUGUAUGUUGGGGCAGACAGACUUGUGAUUAGCUGACCUAGACCUGGAGAGAGAUUUCAAAUGUUCUCCAGUCACAGAAUUAUGGAGGCCUCACCCAGAAUUCUUUUUUAAAUCCUUACCCAAGGACAUGAUCGAUUUUAGAAAGAGGGGAAGGAAGGUAGAGAAACAUGGAUUGGUUGUCUCUCACACACACCCCAACUGGGGACCAAACCUGCAACCCAGCCUUGUGCCCUGACUGGGAAUCGAACCCACGAUCUUCUAGUUUACAGGACAAUGUUCCAACCAGCUGAGCCACAGGGGCCAGGCCUCACCUAAAAUUUUCACAGCUCUCAACUGGCCUGUGGACACAGAAGCAUUCUCCUGCCUGCAGUGUGAAGUGCAAUCCUGGCAGUAAGAGCAAAGCUGCAGUGAGGUGGAGAGUUAGAGCAGAGCAAAGAGACUUGCAUUUGGGUCUCAGGCGCUGGCCCCCUCAGGGGCCAGGUGCUUGGGCACGCAAGCUGGAUCUUGAGAGGUGGGCACAGGGAAGCAGUGAGGAAGCAGGGGUCUUCCCCAGAGGCACAGUGCUGAGUCAGGGCUCAGGCACCCAUCCGGGGUGAAGCAGGUCAUGCCAGGGGCUGGAACCCUGCCCUCAGCGGGAAAAGGAAGUUGGCAGCCCGCAUCUCUGCACUGGGAAUGGCCUGCAGUUAGGACUCUAAGGUGGGGAGCCCACUACUAAGAUCGGAGGCCUUGGGGCGAGAGGAACUGCAGCAGAAACUCUUGUGCCAGCGCUGACCCAGGCCCCCCAGACCCAGGGCUUGCCCAGCAGGACUAGUUCCUUGCCCCCAACCAGAUCCACAGCCUGCCUUAGUCGCACCCCUCAGUGCCUGCAGGCUCUGGCCCUCAGUGAGGCCGCUGAGCAAGGACAGGAAGCCACAGGUGAAAGUAGCCUGGUGGCUGCUCUGGGGCCUACCUCUCACCUGCCUCCUGCGUUUAUGAUUGGAAGCAUGCCCAGCUGGCCAAGCGAGAUGCCUCCCAGUUCUCUGUCUCUGCAGAGACAAUCCGAAUUGGCCUCCACAAAUUCAAAUCACAUCUCUCUGCCAACCACCAAAGCCGGAAAGGUCACAGAAGAGGAAGAGAGCAACGCAGCCCAAAUCUAAAGCUCCACAUAGACCAGAGCCCACGUGUAUGGGGAUUAGUCACGCACUAACCCAAGCGUGCACGUUAGCAGCUUUCUCUCAUGGAAACACAGAAGCAAGACUGCCAUUCAUAUGCCUAGAAAACCCUCCUUCAUGGCUCAUCGAUCCAAUCAAAACUUGAAAAGUUCUUCAGACCAUUUUGUGGAAAUUCUUGCAUGCACAUGGACUUACUAAGUGCAAAGUUUGAUGACAGCCAGAGCUUCAGCGAGUCACUUUGAACAUGUUGUGCCGGCACACUGGUCCCCGUGGGCCAGAGCCCCGAGUUGCAUGGCUUGGAGUCCACCCGUUACUUCUGACAGGCCACGGAGAGCUGAGCCAGGCUGUGAGGCGGGGCCACUGGGAGUUCCCAGAGGCCUCAACGUCUCCCAGAUCCCAAGCGUCAUCUCUGGGCUCAGACCCCGAAGCACUGAGAGCUGACUCCUGCCUUAGCGUCUACAUCCUUCCUCUCUGAGAAUAAAUAUGCCCUGUAAGGGAAAGGCCCCAAGACCCAGGGGAAGGUAAGUUCCCCCUUGCUCUGCUCCUCCAUUUAAUCUGGCACCUGACGGGUGCUGACACCUUUACCCAGAGGACCCGGUUCCCAGGCCAGGUAGAAAGGGCAUUGCCCGUGAUUCAGACGCCACCCUGGCUGUGCAGUCAGAGCCCACUCUUGUCAUUUCAUCCUUCUGCUUUGAGAUCACAGCUGUAGCCGUUGACCUUGAUGGGGGAGAAACAGCCCUUGUGUGUCCCGGGAGCACCCUCCCUCCCAUGAUCUGUAACCACUGGGCACCUCUUUUCGCAUUCCUGUCCCACGGCCUGCCUUCCAGCAGGUCUGUGUCUGUGAGUCAGGAGCCAUGGAAGCUUGAAUGUUUCAUAUUGACAUUUCCCAAAACAAAAACAGUUGGCCUAUUGUCUGUUAAGAACAUGCUCCAAAAUGCACCUCUGCACACACCAUUCACGCAGCAGCACCACGUGCCCAGCUGUGGGUGGGCACCUCACACCCAGGUGGCUGCAUUUAAUUUCUAAAGCACUGCAGAGAAGCCCUUAGAACCCCUUGUUACCAGCGAGACAACUGAGGUUCAGGGAGGUUAAUUAGUUUGCUCAAGGCCACACAGACAAUGACAGGUGCCAAGCGCCUCCUGAACAAACACAGAUGGGCCAUCAUCCUGCUUAAUCCCCACGUCCGUCGGAGGCACGUCUCCCGAGCUGCGGCAGCAGGAAUAAGGACGCCCCGACCCUUCAGAUCGUCGGGCGCAUGCGUGUUGUGCUGUGGAGCAUCAGCUCCCAUCCACCAGCAGGUUCCCCUCUGGCAGGACAACUGGGAACACCUCCCUCUGGUUCCUAGAGAACGAAUGGGCUGUGAUGAGCGAUGGAUGGGGACUUGCACUGCUUCAGGAAGGAGCCCGUUCUACUUGGCCUGGUUUUUGCCAGUGACGCCUCCUUAAACUGCCAUGUCCAACCUUUCUCCCUGUUUAGGAUUUGUCAAUCUUCUCAUUAAAAGAACACCACUACACCGCUAAAAAUUCAUCCAAUAAAGUGGGUUUGAUCUUA